CUUCAUAGGUUAUGUUUUGGUCGGUAUUUAUUUAUGAAACUAAAGAGAAUUGAUUACUAUUAUCAAUAAAUAGUCCAACCUAAUCAAAAAUGAGUAGUUCUGACUCCGAUGAAGAAAAUGUUAUAGGAUAUGGUACACCUUUGGAACCGUACGAGGAAGAUGAAAUACCUUCAAAGCGGAAGUAUCAGCAGCCUCCAGAUCAGUUUGCGGUGGACGAGCACGGGCGGCGACGUUUCCACGGAGCCUUUACUGGGGGCUUUUCUGCCGGCUUUGGAAACACUGUGGGCAGCGCCGAGGGCUGGGCCCCAGCAACAUUCAAGAGCAGUAGGAGCGAUAAGGCUCAGGGUUCUAAACAACGUCCUGAAGACUUUAUGGAUGAUGAAGACCGUGGAGAGCAUGGCAUAGCCCCAAGACUCAUGGAAACACAGAGUGAAUUCUCCGGUAGAAAGAGACAGCACACCCGCUACCAUGAUGGACCUAUACCAGGCGAGCCAGUGCUUGAACAGCUAGUCCGAGCAGUCCACGAGACAGCCGCAGUGCGCAUGCUCCGCGCUAUGGGCUGGAGGCCAGGGCAGGGCACAGGAGAGCGGCUCAGUCGCCGUCAGAAAACCGCCGCCAGUGAGCGUCACAAGGUCUACGGGUGCUACAUGCCUGAGGAGUUGAGACCGACAUCGGAGCCGCAGUCAGACAGCUCGGACUCCGAGUUCGAGUAUGACACAUUAUUCGCGCCCGACGACUACGAGCCCUAUGUGUUGGCGCGCAAGAGCGACCGCUUCGGGCUCGGGUACUCCGGGCUCAGCCGACACUCCGUGCUGGGCGCGGGGGGGCACGAGGGCAGCAGCUCCAGCCAUCUGGUUAUGAAGGAUAAGGGGAAAAAGGUAUCCAUCCGAGGCCAAGCCUUCGGUGUGGGGGCACUAGAGGCCGACGACGAAGACAUUUACGCCACCGAAGAUAUGUCGCACUACGAUUUCUCAUUAGGGGGACCCGCUGAGCAGAAACAGAGGCCGAAGGGAAAACAGGAGAGUAAUGUCCUGGAAGGUUUCGUCCGCUCCAGCAAGCCGCUGGCGCCCGUGCCGGCGCACCCGCCGCCCGCGCUGCCGCGCGACUACACGCCGCUGCCCGCCGGCGCCCGCAGGUCCAGGUUCGAGCCCAGCGCUGCACCGCAACGGGACCAAGGUCUCGGCCGUCAUGACUUAUCUGCCGAAGCUCGAGGCUCACUUCUGGGCGAAACACCAAUCCCGAAAACCAAUAUACCAGAAAAUAAACCAGAUGAAACUCAUAAACCCGAUCCCAUAGCGCAACUACUCGGUAGAAACGUCAACUUCGUCACAGAUAACAAAAAUACCACAGAUACAAACACAGAUACAGAUAAGAAAACAGAAGAUUUCAUCUCAAUAAAAGACUCUGGUAAAGAAAUAAAAAAAGUCUUUAAACCUUUUGUGAGUGAUCCGGCGAAGCAAGCGCGGUACGAGAAGUUUUUGAAAGACAAGGAUAGCGUGCUAGAGACGGAGGAGAUGGAUAGAUUGACGGCGUGGGAGAGGAAUAGAGAGAUUUCGGAAUUUGAGCAGGCCGCGAAGCUGUAUAAGCCGCUUUCUGGUGUUAUGGGUGACAGAUUCACCCACGCCUCGGAACCGGACGACGCGCUCAACCCGCUCACCGCCGUGGCGCGCAGCGCGGCCAACUCCGGCCUGGCCACGCCCGACCAAAUAGAAGCGGCGCGUAUGGGCGCCUACGGCCUCGUCACACGCCGGGAGGCGCCGUGGCGGCCCGAGGCUCUCGUGUGCAAGCGGUUCAACGUGCAAGAUACACUAGCGAGACCUGAAUCAAAAAAAGAGGACAAGCCUAAAGUGUCAUACUCCAUAUUCAACUAUUUAGAAUCAUCUAUUCACGACAAAGAGAGCUUCGCCAAAGAACAGCACACUUUCAGCGGCUCUAAGUCUUUAAACAGAGAAGAAAAUAGAAGAGAAGUGAUCAAGGAGAAACAUGAUGAUAAGAAAGUCCAAGAUAAAGAUAUAGAUAAAAUUACUGUUGAUCCUAAACCUAGUACUAGUACAGACACUAGUUUCAAAAGACUCACAGUGGCUGAAUUGUUUUUAAAAGAAUCGGAAAAAGACUUAAAAGGCAAAGAGAAUGUAGAAGUGACAGAAACUAUUAAUAAGUUUGAUAAAAUGGAUUUAUAUAAAUCUAUUUUUCUCAGUGACAGUGAAAAUGAAGAUGAAACAGCUAAGGAAGAUAACACUGAUAAACCAUUUAUUGAUGCAGCUAAAACUGAUAAUACUGAUAAGCAUACAUCUAUGUUUGAUAGUGUAAACGAUUUUAUUGAAGUACCAAAGAAUGUAGAAAGAAAUACUUCUCCACCUAGAGGCAUAUUUGCUAAUAUAGAUUUUGAUGAAAUCAACUCAUGGAAAAGAAAUGCUGAGAAAAAAACUGAAGAAAAAGUUGAAGAUACUACUAAAACUAAAUCUGAUGAUAUUUCACCUGUGGAAGCUGAUAUGUAUGGCCCUAAAAUUCCAGAUAAUCUAAAGAAAAGACUAGAAGAGCCAGAGAGAGAGAAGAUAACAGAAAAGCCUAUGUUUAGAAGUAAAAGUGAGAGGGAAGCUAUAGAAAUAUCUUCAUCUAGCUCCGAUUCGUGGGUAGAAGCGAGAGAGGUGAAAUCUAAGAAGAAGAAAAAGAAAAAUAAGAAACAGAAGAAAGCUAAGAAGUCUAAACACAAGAAAAAGGAUAGAUAAGAUGGUUAAUAAAUAUAUAAAGCAAAUUAUAAUUGUUUUUA